AUGUCAGCCUUACAUGUCCAUUCCAGUUUAACACGAAAGUUGUUAACUACUUUUAUGUCAUAUGGAAACAAACUGUCUUGUCGUUUCUGCGGUCGACAAACGAAUAAUUUUUUUAUUACUACACCUAUAUUUUACGUGAAUGCAGCGCCUCACAUUGGGCAUGUGUACACCACUGUAUUAUCAGAUGCUUUUUCUCGAUGGCAUCGCCUCAAAGGACAUGAAGUUCUCUUUACCACAGGGACUGAUGAACAUGGCCAAAAGAUCCAGCAAUCAGCUUUAAAGGCAAAGAAAUUCCCAGAACAAUACACAGCUGAACAUUCUAAGUUGUUUCAUGAAAUCCUGCAAGUUGCUGGUGUUGAUGCUGAUGACUUCAUUCAAACAACAGAAAAGAGACAUUUUAAUGCUGUACAGCAUUUCUGGAGAAAACUCUCAGAAAAUGGCUUCAUUUACAAGGAUUUUUAUAAAGGCUGGUAUUCCUUAUCUGAUGAAACAUUUAUUGUUGAAAACAAUGUAAAAGAAGUUCAGGACAAAACUGGGAAAUUAGUACAGAUCUGUUCCGAAACAGGAAAUCCAGUGAUUUGGAUUGAAGAGGAAAACUACAUGUUUCAAUUAUCUCAGUUCAUUCCUCAACUUAGAGAAUGGCUCAACUCAAAUGUUAUCCAGCCUCCUUUGUGGAAUGGCUUGGCUAAGAGUUAUCUCCCCACUCUUUCUGACCUCUCUAUCUCCAGAAGCAGAGAAAGAAUUUCUUGGGGUAUUCCAGUCCCUGGUGAUGAUACACAAACGGUUUAUGUGUGGCUGGAUGCUUUAGUCAAUUAUUUAACUGUGACAGGAUAUCCUGAGAAACAAAACCAAUGGCCACCCAGUUGCCAUGUUGUUGGAAAAGAAAUCUUAAAAUUCCAUGCUUUGUUUUGGCCUGCAUUCUUGAUGGCAGCUGGAAUGGAACUCCCAAAUAAAAUCCUUUGCCAUUCACAUUGGCUUGUGGAUGGGCAAAAGAUGUCAAAAUCUAAAGGAAAUGUGAUAAAUCCAGUGGAUUUAAUGGAAAAAUAUUCACCUGACUGUUUACGGUAUUUCUUAUUAAGAGAAGGUGUUCCUCAUUCAGACAACAAUUUCAAUGAACAGAAAAUGGUCGAGUGUGUGAAUAGUGAAAUAGUGAACACAUUUGGGAACCUUCUAAGCAGAUGCACUUCAAAGAUUGUCAACCCGGACCAGAUUUUUCCAUCUUUGGAGAAAGAGGCAUUUUAUUUGUACUUCAAUAAUGAGGAAAGGCACAAUUAUGACAAACUGCAAGAUUUGUCUGGUGAAGUGGACGAGGCUUAUGCAGCUGUCAACAUUUACAAAUCUCUGGAAAAAAUAUCUGCAGCACUUCGUUCUGCUAACAGCCUUCUGGAAAAACACAAACCUUGGGAAUUGACUUGGAGUUUCUCCUUCCCAAAGAUUGUGGUGCCAUGCUGCUCCUUGCCCAUUUAUUGA